GCUGCCCGCCCGGGCAGCCCAUCCAUCCCUCCAUCCAUCCUUCCAUCCUGCCGCCCAUCCCGCUCCCCGCCCGGCAGCACCGGGGCUGGCGGAGAGGGCCCCCCCCGAGCAGCCCGGCCCGGGGGGCUGCUGGCCACUGCGGGCUUCCUGCUAGCCACUGCGGGCUGCGGCCGGAGCGCCCCCCGCCCGCCCUGCCCGCCCAGCCCCGCGGAGGGAUGGGGAGGAGACCCGGGCCGGGCAGCGCCCAGCCCGGCUCCCGCCGCUGAGCGCCGCAGCCGCGCCGAACCGAGCCCAACCGAGCCGAGCCGAGCCGAGCCCGGGCCCCCCGGGCAUCGCCCCUUUGUCUGCGGAGGAGGCGCGGCGGGGGCGCUGCGGGAGCGGAGCCGCCGCCCCGCACCCUGCCAGAGCGGCAGGAUGGCGGAGAAGGGCAUGGAUCCCGCCUGCGUCUCCAUCGCCCUGGAGGACACGGUGUGCCACGCCGGCCCGCCCGACGCCCCGCUGCUCACCACGCACCUGAAGAAGGUGGAGAACCACAUCACGGAGGCGCAGAGGUUCUCCCACCUCCCCAAGCGCUCGGCUGUCAACAUCGAGUUCAUCGACCUGUCCUACUCCGUGCGGGAGGGAUCCUGGUGGAGGAAGAGAGGGUACAAGACUCUCCUGAAAUGCCUGUCAGGGAAGUUCUGCCAGCGGGAGCUCAUUGGCAUCAUGGGCCCCUCGGGAGCUGGGAAAUCCACACUAAUGAACAUCCUGGCUGGCUACAGGGAGACUGGCAUGAAGGGGCAGAUCCUGGUGAACGGGCGGCCGCGGGACCUGCGCACCUUCCGCAAGAUGUCCUGCUACAUCAUGCAGGAUGACAUGCUGCUGCCACACCUCACCGUGCUCGAGGCCAUGAUGGUCUCUGCUAACCUGAAGCUGAGCGAGAAGCAGGAGGUGAAGAAGGAGCUGGUGAACGAGAUCCUGACGGCCCUGGGGCUGCUGGAGUGCUCCUACACCCGCACCAGCUCCCUGUCGGGGGGGCAGCGCAAGCGCCUGGCCAUCGCCCUGGAGCUGGUCAACAACCCCCCCGUCAUGUUCUUCGAUGAGCCCACCAGCGGUCUGGACAGUGCCUCCUGCUUCCAGGUGGUGUCCCUGAUGCGCUCCCUGGCUCAGGGGGGCCGCACCAUCAUCUGCACCAUCCACCAGCCCAGCGCCAAGCUCUUCGAGAUGUUCGACAAGCUCUACAUCCUGAGCCAGGGCCAGUGCAUCUUCAAGGGCGUCGUGACCAACCUCAUCCCCUACCUGAAGGGGCUCGGCCUGCACUGCCCCACUUACCACAACCCCGCUGACUUCAUCAUCGAGGUGGCCUCAGGAGAGUAUGGGGACCUCAACCCCGUCCUGUUCCGCGCCGUCCAGAACGGGAUGUGCACCAUGGCUGAGAAGAAGAGCAGCCCUGACAAGGCAGACUCGUCGUGCCCCACGUGUGGGACGGAUGUGGAUCACAUCGAGAGCCACACGUUUGCCACCAGCACCUCCACUCAGUUCUGCAUCCUCUUCAAGAGAACCUUCAUCUGCAUCCUGCGGGACACGGUGCUGACCCACCUGCGGUUCAUGUCCCACAUCUGCAUCGGGGUGCUCAUCGGGCUGCUCUACCUGCACAUCGGCAACGACGCGGGCAAGGUCUUCAACAACACCGGCUUCCUCUUCUUCUCCAUGCUCUUCCUCAUGUUCGCCGCCCUCAUGCCCACCAUCCUCACCUUCCCCCAGGAGAUGACCGUGUUCCUGAGGGAGCACCUGAACUACUGGUACAGCCUCAAAGCCUAUUACCUGGCAAAGACCAUGGCAGACGUGCCCUUCCAGGUGAUCUGCCCCAUCGCCUACUGCAGCAUCGUGUACUGGAUGACGGGCCAGCCCCCCGAGGCCACGCGCUUCCUGCUCUUCUCCGCCCUGGCCACCGCCACGGCCCUGGUGGCCCAGUCCCUCGGGCUGCUCAUCGGAGCUGCCUCCACUUCCCUGCAGGUGGCCACCUUUGUGGGACCCGUCACUGCCAUCCCCGUGCUGCUCUUCUCGGGCUUCUUCGUCAGCUUCAAGACCAUCCCCACCUACCUGCAGUGGAGCUCCUACGUCUCCUACGUCAGGUAUGGCUUCGAGGGGGUCAUCCUCACCAUCUACGCCAUGGAGCGCGAGGACCUGGAGUGCCUCGAGGACUUCUGCCCUUUCCAAAAGCCCAUCAAGAUCCUGCAGGAGCUGGACGUGGAGGAGGCCAAGCUCUACCUGGACUUCCUCAUCCUGGGCAUCUUCUUCGUCAUCCUGCGGCUCCUGGCUUACCUGGUGCUCAGGUACAAGGUGAAAUCUGAGAGAUAAAGGGGCCGUGGGGCCCCGGUGCCGUUCCCGGGCCUGGCCUGCUGUGAGAGAUGUUCUGCAGAUGGACACGGUGCUCCUGCAGGUCCCGGACCGUGGCGGAGGCACUGGGAGGUGCCAGCCAGGCCUGGCUCAGUCGAGAAGGGUUUUGAGACAUCUCGGAACUGUUUUAACCUUUCCACACACUCUUCAUUGCAAAACGUUUUGUACAGCCCUGGCACGUGCCACUCUCCCCCCCAGGACUGACGAGCCCCACGGAGCUUGGGUCGCCUCCUGUCCCUGCCUGGCGCUGCCCUGGGGACACCAGGGACAGUCCAGCCCAGGGCUUUGUGCCGAGGAGCCUGCUCCGUGCUGGGCUGGGAGGAGAGAGCUGCAGAGCUGGAAGAGCUGCUGGUGGCCCCGUUCCUCAUCCUGGCCAGUGCUGAGAAGAGCCCAAAGAUGCCAUAGGUGGAGUGCACAAGGCUUUAGAGUUUCCUGUCGCUGUAGCCACAGAGAUUGCUGCAUCCCCCUUUCCUUUCUGUGCAAAUCUUCCUUUUUUUUUCUUUUUUUUCCUUUUUCUUUAUUUUUGUUCCCCACAAGCCCCACUGCAUCCCAGCAAAGGGAGCAAAGAGGCAGAGAAGGACUUGGGGCUCUGUCUCAGACUCCUGCUGGGACAUCACCCUCAGAGAUGGGAUCUUCAAACCAGGGUCUGUGGGAGCAGGACGGUGUUCUCAGACCUUGGGGAGUCACAUUCAGUCCCUGUUGUCUCUGGGGUCUGAGACAGGAGGCUCUGAACCAAUUCAACCAACACGGAGAGAAGUGACUUGCAUGGAGCAAGGAGGAUUUGGGUUCCCACACGCUGCCAGGAGGCUGAAAAACGGGGCUGGGCUCAGCUGUGUCACCCUGGAGGCUCUGCUGCAGGAGGAGAGCUGGCCCUGAGCCCUUCCCUGCAGCCUCUCUCCCCCAGCUCCACCGGGGCUGUCUCAGCAGGACGGGAUGGACGAGCCUCGCUCAGCACCGACUGUGCAAGGAGGGGACACCAAGGACACCCGGCCUGUCACAGUGCCAGCCCCAGGGUGACACUGUGCAGAAGGGGGUCCCGCAGUGCCUGAACUGGAAACAGGUGAGAUCCCAGCUGGUUUGUUUGCAGUGGGUGACCCGGACACCGGGAAGUGACUGGCACCAGAAGGUCCCUUUGGCACUGGUGUCUCUGGUGGCUGCUCCAAACUCGCACACCCCGCAGAGGGAAGGCAGUUCAGCACCUUGCUGGCUCUCCAGAGGAACUGAGCUGAGCCCAGAGCUGCUGGGGCAUCUGCACAUGCUGGGAACACAGCACCGUGCUCACCUGCACAGCACAGCUCCCUGGGCGUGCUGGCACUGGGCUGUGAGUGUCACCCACGGAUGUGGCAACCCGCAGGAUUCUGGCAAGCGUGGACGUGGGGGAGGCAGCCCUGCCCCACCCUGGCAGGCUGGCCCUGGUUCAGGGCAGCCUGGGGAUCGUGCUGCUGGCACUCUGAGCCGCCAGGGAUUGCAGAUUGCCAGAUUCCAGCAGAAUCCUGGACGCUGGUCUUUGGUUUUGCUGGCUCGGGUUGGGGCUGUGCAGCAGAGUCUGGCUGGCCUGACACUGAUGCUGGCACUCAGCAAGGCUGAGUUUCCCCUGCCUGCAGGGCUUCGAGGAAUGUUUGGCCGUGGGGCUGUCCUGCACAGAGGGUCUGGAAGCAGGACACACCCUGCUGCCCUUCCCACGCUGAGAAUCGGGGUUUUCCCCAGGGCUGUUGUCUGACUUUUCACUGUCCCCCUGCUCCUGGAUCUUCCUCCAGUGCCGUGCUCUGCAGUGGAGCUGUGCCAGCUGGAGGGCUGCAGUGCUGCCACCCACAGCCACAGGGGCACGGAGGAGUGGGGACAGACCCUGUGCCUGCUCUGUCACGGGGUGCAGGGAGCUGGGGGACGUGGGGUGUCACCCUCGUCCAUCUCCUUGUCCCUGGAGCUGUUGGGAAUGAUGCCCUGCUGCUGUCCUGCUCUUGGGCUGGGACGAGUCCGUGCUCUGCUGGGCUGAGGCUUUUCCCUGGAUGGAUCCUGAGGUGCAGGAGGUGGCACUGGGGCAGCUCUGCACAGCUCCUGCUUCCCCCCUGGCAUUUGGGGCUCUCAUGGUGGGUCCUGUCCUCUGCACCCUGGGGGUGCUGCCGUCCCCAGCGCUGUGUCCUGCACACCUGGACACCCCUGUGCCAUCACAGCAGGGCCACCACCCCUCCCAGGAGGAGCAGGACAAGAUGGACUGGUGUGUGGAGCAAAGGGGCUCCCAGCAGGCACCAGUGCCUGCCCCUGGCACAGGGAAGCUUUGUUGACCAGGCUCUGCUGCUUGCAGGCUUCCCCAGCUCGGAGCAGCGCUGCCAGGGCAGGUGGCUCCCACUGCAGGGCCCAGCCUGCCUGGGGUGGGGCAGCUGGCAGCACCCCCGGGAUGUCCAGGAGGGCUCAGCACAGCCUGUGCCCGUGAGCUGCAGUGUCCCAGCUCACCAGGUACGUGGCCACUGCGGGGCAGAGGGCCAGGACAAAGCCUGGAGCUGCAGGAUGGCUGUCCCCGAGCUGGGCAAGGGCUCUGGGGAGUGGGGGUGAUGGGGCAGGCUGCUCGUGCCCGGGGCAGCAGGACACCCGUGAAUGUGUUGGUAUGAAGGGGGUGAUGAGAGGGGGAAGUGGCACAGGGCAAAGGCACCCUCAGUGCUGCCUGAGGAGCUGAGACUGUCCUUUCCCUGCCCUCAAGGACAGCCCCAGAGGGGGUGGAAGGUGCAGGGAAAUGAGAGGAGGAGAAGCACGUUUGCACUGAGCCCGAGGCUGGCAGGGCUGGGCUGGGCACCCCGGGGUUUGUGGCCUGGGUGGUCCCUGCCCUGCAGGAGGGGUUUUCUCUGCCCAGGCAUGGCAGAGGGACGGCGUGCAGCCACCCUGCUCCAGGGGGCCCUUAGGGAAGCAGCAAGGAUGCACUUUAUCAGAGCAGGGAAGCGGAGCCGUGGGCACUGCUGGCUGCAGGAAUGCCCCGAGAGAACGCGUCUGGAUAAUCACGAGGAGCGUGAUGGAGGAGAGCAGGCUUCUUCCCCCACACCUCCCGUCCUCUCCUGCCCCUGCCCUCCCUUGUGAUGCACUUUGAGUGGAUGAGGGUGGGGUUCAGGCUGUGGCUCUGGCUCGCCGGGAACACCAGCUGAGCCUCAACCUACCAAAAACUGCUCCAGCCCCUUUGGCCCACGGCUGUAUCGGGUUCUGCCUCUCAGGGGUGCUCUGGUGGCAGGCAGGCAGGCAGGGGCAUGGCCACUCACCUCCAUGCAUGUCCAGGCCACCUCUGUCACACGCACAAGAAGAGCAAACGCUUCAUCACCUGGCUGGGGUUUGCUGGAGGGGAGACUGGGCUAGAACAGGGAGGGGAUGGGGCUUCUGCCAGGGUUUCACCCCUCUCCCAAAUCAGGCAAUAAAACAGUGUUUCCUUCUCACUGUGUGCGGACACCAUUUGUCCUGUCCCUCUGCACGGGCAGCCUGGGCUCUCUGUGUCCCUGCCACGCUGGACCCUGUGGUUUUCCAGCCUUGGCCGUGCCAGGACACCAGGCUGGACACUGGGGACACGUGUGUGUGAUCCAGGGGGGCACCACGCAGGGAAGAGCAGGCGUUGAAACUCACAUUUCCACACGAGCACGGGUGUGAGCUGCUUUCUCCCUGGGACAGCCUGCCAAAAUAAGAUGCAGGUACCAGCUCAAAGGCCGAGGCAGGCUGCUGGCACAGCUCUGUUGUGGCAGCUGCCCCGGGGGGCAUUUGCCCAGCUCGUUCUGCCUUGCUGGGAGGAGGCUGUGAAGCAGGACCAGGGCAUAGCUGCAGCCUGGCAGGAACCAGGCAGGGUGGAGGUUCCCCUGGGCUCUGCAGGCUGGGCUGCACACGCAGGUAAGUGCCCCGCAGGGACGGGGUGCCAGCUGCCAGCUUGCUGCUCGCCAGUGCCCAGAGGGUCCCGGGAGCUGUUGGGCAGGAGGAGAUGCUCUGGUUUGUGUCGGUGUUCCCGAGAUGCCAGCUGUACUUGUUGGGUUUCA